UACUUCCGGCAACUACAGCGAAGAAGAAAUUGUUAAUUUGGUUGAGGAAUUGUUGUCUUGGCCCUCGAUUUUUAUCGUUGGUAUAAAGUUAAAAACCCGCCACAACAAAACGGUUCAGGACUCCAAUUGCAUCUAACCUGCAAGGUUUGCGAAAUAUCAUUGGACACUGGGCUUUGUAACUAGCCAUCUAGCUACAUAAUUAAUUAGCCAGCUAGUUAUCUAACGUUAGCUACAAUUGCUAGCUCUAGUACACCGUUUGGAUCUGGGAGGAUGGCGGAGGAGGAAGACGAAGCUGGUUUUGACGAUGAUAUGGAUGACGGGGCUGGUGGAGCCGAUGGGAACCACGGCAAAAGGAAAAGGCUGUUUUCCAAAGAACUUCGGUGUAUGAUGUAUGGGUUUGGAGAUGACCAGAAUCCCUACACUGAGUCAGUGGACAUCCUGGAGGACCUUGUGAUCGAGUUCGUCACGGAGAUGACACACAAAGCCAUGUCCAUCGGACGCCAGGGCCGUGUCCAGGUGGAGGACAUUGUUUUCCUUAUCCGGAAAGAUCCAAGGAAGUUUGCCAGAGUGAAAGACCUCUUGACGAUGAACGAGGAGCUGAAAAGAGCCCGCAAGGCCUUUGAUGAAGCGAACUAUGGCUCUUAGGUCGUUUGGUAGAGGGAUUUGGCCUUCACCACGAAUACAUGUCGUCUUUCCCUUUUUUAAACUUUUCUUUCACAUUGUCGAAGCUGUUUAUUCUGCUAUGAUCUUUUGACAUGUUUUUUUGAGGUUUUAAAGUUGAUUUUGUAGCAUAUGUGGACAUAGAGAUACUGUUAAUUGACCAUCCACUUGUGACUUCAGAUAUGUUUGUGCUCAUGUCAAAUGCUUAUGCCUUCUAUAUACAUAUUUCUAUUAACAUACACAUCUAAUACUAGAAAGUUGUUUUAUUUGUUAUGGAAUACUGUGCUGUAUCCGCAGAAGGAUAUCACAUUCCAGGAUCAAUCAUUAGGUCCUGUGAGGAAAUGUCUCUUAUGUGAGAAUUGUUGUCCUGUUUAUCAGUAAAGGAUAGUGACAUAAUGGUGGAAUGGACAUUUAUGAAUAAAGUAACUCACACCCCUUGA